GGAGAGGGAGAGGGAGAGGGAGAGAGAGAGAGAGAGAGAGAGAUGUUGACAGACCGUUGACUUCAACCCACCGCUCCGUUGGAACAAAACCGUGUCGGCGCGGUGGUUGAGCUCGACACGGGGACCCCGGAGCAGAGGACAGAGAGCAGGAGACAUGGGCUCCGCGUCGUCCUCCUACCGGGUCAUCUACCUGGACGUGGACGGCAGGAUCCAGAAGGUGGUGUUCAGUAGAUUCUGCAGCCCAUGUGACAUCAAGGAAUUGUUCUGUACUGCUCUAGGUCUCCCAAGGAACAUCACCCUUUCUCUGCUGGAUACCUCAGGAGCCAUGGUCUCCAUCGACCCUACAAUGCCCCACAACACAGAGAGGUCACCAUAUCGUGUGGUGCCUCUAACUGGAGGGCAGCUUGCCGAUAAAGAAGAACUCUUCCAGAAUGUUCUAACGCAGGUAGCAGAGCAGUUCUCCAGGGCAUUCAAGAUCAACGAGCUGAAGACAGAGGUGACCAACCGUCUGGCCAUGUUGGAGAAGAGAGUAGAGCUCGAGGGGAUGAAGGUGGUGGAGAUAGAGAAAUGUCGCAGCGAUAUCAAGAAACUCCGUGAGGAGAUGGCUUCCAGGAACAACAGCAGUUACCUGGAGGACAGCAAGAAGAUGACGCCGCGCAGGGACGUGCCCUCCUACCCCAAGUACAUGCUGUCACCACAGACCAUAGACGCCCUCAGAAAGCCUGGCUUCGAUGUCUGGCUGUGGGAAGCCAAUGAGUACCAUCUGUCUAAGGAGACAGUGGAAGCGCUCAGACAGCCUACAUUUGAUGCUUGGCAGUGGGAACCCAAUGAGAUGCUGAGCUGUCUAGAGCACAUGUACCACGACUUAGGGCUGGUGAAGGACUUCACCAUCAACCCCAUCACACUCAAGCGAUGGCUAUUAUGUAUCCAUGACAACUACAGGAAUAACCCCUUCCACAACUUCCGCCAUUGUUUCUGUGUGACGCAGAUGAUGUACAGCAUGAUCUGCCAGUGCAGCCUCCAGGAGAAGUUCACUCAAGUGGACAUCUUGAUUCUAAUGACCGCAGCUGUGUGUCACGACCUGGAUCAUCCUGGAUACAACAACACGUACCAGGUCAAUGCUCGGACAGACCUAGCGGUGCGCUACAACGACAUCUCUCCCCUGGAGAACCAUCACUGUGCCAUAGCCUUCCAGAUCUUCUCCCAGCCCGACUGCAACAUCUUUGCCAGCUUCGACCCUGAGGCCUUCAAACAGAUCCGCCAGAGCACCAUCACGCUGAUCCUGGCCACGGACAUGGCGCGACACGGCGAGAUCCUGGACUCCUUCAAGCAGAAGGUGGACGUCUUUGACUACAGCGAUGAGGAGCAUGUGACCUGUCUGAAGAUGGUCCUGAUCAAGUGCUGUGACAUCUCCAACGAGGUGCGGCCCAUGGAGGUGGCUGAGCCCUGGGUGGACUGCCUGCUGGAGGAGUACUUCAUGCAGAGCGACCGGGAGAAGACAGAGGGUCUGCCUGUGGCUCCGUUCAUGGACAGAGAGAAGGUCACCAAGCCCACUGCUCAGAUCGGCUUCAUCAAGUUCGUCCUGAUCCCCAUGUUUGAGACCGUCAUGAAGCUGUUUCCUCAGAUUGAGGACGUAAUGGUCCAGCCCCUGAGAGAGUCCAGAGACCGCUAUGAGGAACUCAAGCAGAUCGACGAUGCCAUGAACGAGGUGAAGAAGAAGAAAAGUGAAAACUUGACAAUAGGGAAGAAGAAGUAGGAGGUUUGAAUGUAUGUUUGUUUUCAGCACCAGUGAAAGUAGAGCAGGAGAGCAGAGUGCCAGAGCAGAGUUCUCAGUUUGGUUCCGGGCCCCCCGAGCCGAAACCUUCCCCACCACCCCGCCCCAGGCCCGGAGACAGGACCAAUAGGAUGUGUGCGGAGCGAUGUUCUAGUAGAGCGCGUUGCGCCAGGUACGAGCAGUCCAUCACAGAUCAACCUGAAGGAUUGGAUUUGACGUAGUGGUUUCCAGGCCUAAUAUUUAAAACCAACCACUGGGUGGAGGCGUGCACGCUUGCUCAGGGACCGACGGACAAAUCUAAAGCAUUAUUUUCAGGGAGUGUCUACAUUUGUACAGCACCGACUACUGCAGUGAACAUUAUUUAGAUAUUUCUCUAUCAGCCUUGUUUUUAUUUUAAAUGUGUUGUUUUUUACAGAUUGUACAGAUUUCUAGUCACCUUUGUUCUUUCCUACAAACAAAUAAAGGUUGAAUUAUUA